AUGAAGUCACUGCAAGGUAUCCAGACUGACAGCGUCCUCUCAGCCAGACUGCAGAUCAUCAGGAUCUACAUCAGAGAAGACGGACGACUGGUGAUUGAGUUCAAAACUCAUGCAAAAUUCAGAGGUCAGUUUGUCCUUGAACACCACACUCUGCCGGGCCACAAGUCCCACCUGAUGGCGCCCGACCACCUCGGAGGCAUCGAGUUUGACAUACAGCUGCUGUGGAGCGCUCAAACCUUUGACUCACCAUACCAGCUGUGGAGAGCCACCAGCUCCUACAGCAGGUCAGAAGGACUAUUCUGGGGAGUACACAGUCUUCUUGAUCCCCUGCACUGUCCAGCCCACUCAGCCUGGAUCGACCCCGGUGACAAACCUCUGUCCUGCACGGCUCACGCUCCAGAGAAGUUUCUGGUGCCGAUCGCCUUCCAGCAGACCAACCGGCCUGUUCCUGUGGUUUACUCCCUCAACACGGAGUUCCAGUUGUGUAACAAUGAGAAGGUGUUCAUGAUGGACCCGGCUACCGCUGAUGUGUCUAUGGCUGAGAUGGACUACAAGGGAGCAUUCUCCAUGGGUCAAACUCUGUAUGGCAGAGUAUUGUGGAACCCUGAGCAGAACCUGAACGCAGCCUACAAACUGCAGCUGGAGAAGGUUUACCUCUGCACUGGCAGGGACGGAUAUGUUCCCUUCUUUGACCCCACAGGAACGCUGUACAACGAGGGGCCACAGUACGGCUGCAUCCAGCCCAACAAGCACCUGAAGCAUCGCUUCCUACUGCUGGAUCGUAAACAGCCAGACGUUUGUGACAAAUUUUUCCAUGAUGUUCCCUUCGAGGCUCACUUAGCGUCAGAUAUCCCAGAGCUGCAGUCCAUGACAGCCAUGCCGGGCGUCGACGGCUUUACAAUGAAGGUUGAUGCUCUCUACAAGGUGGAGGCGGGGCACCAGUGGUACCUGCAGGUGAUUUAUGUGAUCAGCCCGGAGUCGCGGUCCAGCCCCAGGAUUCAGCGCUCGUUGACCUAUGAGCUGAGCCGCUCCAAGCGCGACCUGGUUGAUCGCAGCGGGCGUCUGACGCUGGACGAGUCGCUGAUCUACGACAAUGAGGGCGACCAGGUGAAGAACGGCACCAACAUGAAGUCGCUCUACCUGGAGGCCGGGCCCACAGCAACCUUCAACGCCCACAUGGGCAGCACGGUGGGCGGGGGAGUGGCAGCCGUCACCCUGCUGGUCCUGGUCCUGCUGGCCUCCUGCUUCCUGUUCCGCCGCUGCCGACAGUCGGGCAAGAAGAAGAGCAAGAAAGCUCAGAAAGUGUACGAGGAGUAUCCGCUCAACACCAAGGUGGAAGUGUGCAUGGACAAGUGUGUGGAGAAGAACUUCAGCAGCAAACACUGCACAGUGAGGAACAUCAACAUCCUCAACCGCAACCAGGAGCCCAACGGCAAGGCCAAGGUCAAACAGGUCAACCUGGAGGUCAAACUCCACAACAACCUCAACGAUGGCACUGAGGUCUGAAACACUGACGAGGAAGGAAA